CGUGUGGGGGCGUCUACUUCCUGGUUGGGCUUUUACUUUUCUUGUCAACAAAAGCUGUGACGGAGUUUCGGCCGUUAAAGCGACGUGUAUAUGAGGAAAACUUCAGCUCUGUUCCGGUACCGGUUCCAGGAUCCGAACCGUUUUUUUCCUCGUGUCGAACUCCUCUCAGAUGUGAAGAUGAGUUUCUGGAGAGUUUUCUCGGUAGUGAUCGUGUCCACAUGUUGGCUGCUGGUUCUGUCCACAGACGUGGCCGCCCCCGCCGCCGGCGCCACGACGGUCAAGCCCACCGCGACGAACUCCAGCCGGCCGAACAGCACGCUGAGCGGCGGCGGAAGCACCAAGAACGUCGGGAUGUACUUCGGGGCUAGCAGCUCCAUGAUCCAGCGGGCCUUGUACGUCCUCAUCGGCAUCACCAUCAUCGGAGUCCUGUACUUCCUGAUCCGAGCCGUGCGCCUGAAGAAGCCGGUCCAGAAGAAGAAGUACGGCCUGCUGUCCAACUACGACGACUCCGUGGAGAUGGAGGCGGUGGACAGCGACGGGGACGACACCCUGUACGAAGCUCGCAGCCUGCGCAGAUGAGUUCUGCUGCGCCGGGUCGGACGGAUCGGAGCCGCCGCCGCCUGACCGUAUUGAUCCAGGACGAACUGGAAGAGGACGGGAACGGACCAAAAACUCCCAGCUGCUUGGAGAAGCAGAGCAGGAUAAUCAAUAUUUUAUCAAUAUGUUCGGAGCGCCGCUUCCUGGAGCGAGCGGACGCUUUUCCUCCUGAGGCCAAAUGUUUUUCUUCUUCUCUGGAUUUUCAUUUAGAUUAUUCCAGAUUCCCUGUGUUUGUAUGUUUUGGUUUGAUUUUGUGCUUUAACUACUGGGAGCUGCCUGCAGGGAGGCGGAGGGCCAGCAGGGGGCAGCAGCGAUCUGCCCUCCUGGUAGACUUUAACCCUCCUUCCUGCUCAGAUCACACACAGUGUUUGGAAACCUGCUUGCAUUGAUGCUGAUUCUAACGAUCUAAUUUGGAAUAAAAUAAUAACAAUCACUUCUU